CAACCGAGCGGUUCGGACGUGCUUUGAGCGCGUGCUCGCGGGCCCCCUUUCUUCGUCGUAGCGCAUAUUUUUUUUCACAAAUUCAUUCCGCCGCAGAACGCAUUUGUCCGGUAUCUCGUUUUAUUUGUAUUAAGUGGUGCAGGAGGAAUGCCGCUGAGCUGCCCGUAAUCAAAGUUGAAGAGAGAGAGAGAGAGAGAGAAUCGAUCACUGCGCGUGUAUAAAUAGUUCGUAUCUAGUAAUCAGCUGUGCGGUCGUUAUCAGUGGCAAGUUGACGAUAUUGUUGACGGCGACGUAACAAGAUAUAUCUCGGUAGCUGUAUUGCACGAGAAUUUCUCGUCAUUCAAAGGAAAUUCGUCGCGACGCGCGCACUCAGCAGUGCAGUAAGCCACGAUAAAUCAUUCAAUGGUUAACCAAAUCCCUGUGCCUCAGGCGAAGUAUGAAUUACUAACUGACAUACGACAACCGCGCUGGCGAACGCAAUUCCUUUGCCUUAUCUUAACAUUCCUAAUCGUCGGAGUUCUCUUUGUAACGCGCGCCUGGUUUGGCAUACUCGUCCUACGAGCUCCGAAGGCUGAUAAAUUUGUCGGGGAACAGAUCGACAAUGCCAAGAUUGCUGCGUGGCUACGUCGGGCUCGGAUGUACGCCGAGUCGACGAAGGAGAAUCAGAAUGCGGACAGGAACACAAGUGUCAACACAUCGGAACAAUACCACCGCAAUUCAACCAAUCAGAUCAUCGUAUGCUACUAUACAAUAUCGGGGGACGUUAACACAUCGUGGGAGCUCAGUCCGUCGCACAUUGACCCUCAUAUUUGUACGCAUAUUAUCGUGGGUUUUGCGAGCGUGGUGAACAGCACACUGGACAUAGGAGACAACGAGUGGGUGUACAGGCGAGUGGUCGAUCUGAAGAAUCGCGAACCUAAAUUGAAGGUCAUGGUCAGCGCCGGCGGAAACAAUGAGCUCCACGAUGGUUUUCCCGAGAUGGUGAAGAAUCACACAAAUAGGAAAAAAUUUAUACGGUCAGUAUUAAACGUAACCAAAACUUUCCAUCUGGACGGCUUCGACGUCGACUGGGAGUUCCCAGCAUGGUUAGGAUCCGACAGUCGCGAGAAGAUACACUUUGUGCAAUUGUUGGAGGAAUUGCGGAAGGCAUUCGAUCGCAGCGGACAGAAGUUAAUCCUGACGGUGGCGGUCGCAGCGCCACAGGCGAUCGUAGAUCAGAGUUACAUGGUCCCCGAGAUCGCAGAACACAUUGACUUUGUAAACCUGAUGUCGUACGAUUAUCAUUUCUACGUUUGGUACUUCCCGGUGACAGACUUGAACGCCCCUCUCUUCCCCCGUUGUACAGAGACAGGCUAUUUGUCGACUUUAAACGUGAAUUUCUCCGCUCAAUAUUGGAUAGCGAAAGGAAUGCCGCGGGAGAAGAUAGUCGUUGGCAUACCGGGUUACGGUCACUCUUACAAGCUGGAUAAUCCGUCGAAUCACGAUCUACAAGCUCCGGCUGAUGGUUUCGGGGAGCUUGGCACAAACGGCUUCGUGUCUUAUCCUACGGUCUGUCAAUUCUUGAAAUCCGGGGCUGUGAAAGUCUUCAAUCAAGAAAGUCGUGUGCCAUACGCGUUUAAAGGUAAAGAAUGGAUAUCCUACGACGACCAGCAGAGCGUUUAUUACAAGAGCGCGUGGAUUCACGCCAACGGCUUCAGAGGAGCCAUGAUCUUGUCUUUAAACGUCGACGAUUGGAACGGCACUUGCGCCACGAAUGAAACGUUCCCGUUGACACGUACCGUCUCGAAGACGUUCAAGGAGCUGGACAAGCAACAAGUGUCGAUAGGAUUGUAAUUCUUCGAGUACGCGCAACUCCGUUGGAGGAAGAUUUCCAUCUAGUUGCAACCGAGAGCUUAAAGCGUUUUACAUUGAAACGAUGCAUUCCACUGCAUUCCUAUUUAAAUAUACUACUACUCGAUGAUAUAUACAUAUAUAUAUAUAUUUACGCUCCACCUGAGUUGCUCAAAGAUUUUCUUGUACAAAUCAGUUGCUAAGGCAUUCCGAGCACAUAGUAUUAUAUGCCGUAGAGCAUAGCACUUGUACCUGAUUAUGUCGAAUCAAAGAUAUUUAUAUACGUAUAUAUGUAUAUAUAUACGUGCGUCGAAUUCUAUAGACUUAAUAAUAUACGUACAUAUAUAUUCUAUAUACGUACGCAUAUCCUGUUUCCUAUGUUAUUAUUUUCAUAUUUUAUAUAGUCAAUAUAUAUAUAUAUAUAUACAUUUCGUAUAUAAUAUUCAAAAUAAUGCCAUGAAUUAGAGAGAAUAUCAGAGGCAACCGUUAUAAGUUAUAACCGGUUUAAACGUGCCAUAUAUAUAUAUAUAUAAUACAAAAUUAUACAAGCAUAUGUAACAAGAGCUAUCGUCUGUUUCUCAAUAAAGGGUUUCGAACUCGCGAAUAAUCUAACGCAUGUUUUAAUUUUACCUGAUAUCUAAUCUUACUUUAGUUCAGUGGUGUUAAUGAUAGUACCGAGCCACACGUACACAAGCGUCGCACAUAUAUGUAUGUAUGUGUAUGUAUAUAUAUACAUAUUUAUUAAUAAUCAUCAUAUUUGCAGCAUUGCAUCAGUCUAUCGGUCUUGCGCCCGCGACUCAGAUCUCUGAUUUACGCCGAGAAAGCAUUUGCGGCUUCGGUGCGUGUCCUAGUGAGAGGAAAUGACAUUCUCUCUUUCGCUUUGCGCGAGACAAACGACGGUUGACACGGACGGAGCGCACUAAAUGGUGCAUAAGGAGAAACUGCAUGGAGAGGAUAUCCCUCUAGGCAAGUGCAGACUCGAAAUCGCAGCACUGCUCCCAAGAUGCUUUGUAUAGAAAGCCUUGGUUGUCGUUUGACCUUGGUCACAAAAAAACAUAUUUCACCAUGAGCGCCGCGUACGCAUCACAUCACGAAGCCGUGUUUCUAUGUUUGCAUCCGAAAGGACCAAAAAUGUCGUACGGGGCGGCUGCUAAGUACAUGAAAAAAAUCCAAGACAUUUGUAAGUGGGUGAAACGCUAUUCUGACGUGAAAAACGUUGAUGAUCUGCUGGAUCGUGGCUCCAAAAAAACGAAAAAGGAGGACAGAAUGAUUUUACAGGUGUUUGAAAAGAAUCCUCGUUUAUCAUUACGUGGCGUGCAAACGGUUUUACAUAAAAAAGGUCUAAAUAUAUCGUAUGAUACUAUAAGAAAACGUUUACUGGCUCGUGAAGUGAAAUUUCGGAGCACAAUGAAGAAAACGUUACUGACCGAAAAACACGUCGAGAAAAGACUUGUUUAGGCAAAUGAAAAUUUGGAUCGCUAUUGGGACAACGUAAUUUUUUCAAACGAAGCUUCUUUUGGGGCAAAUUUUUUAUCAGACGUGCCUGGUUUACCCACGCCAAUAGACUCAUCGAGCAGAUCGUUAAACAUCCGGUAAAAGUGCACGUCUGGGGCUGUUUCUCAAAGCAGAGAUUUGGCACUUUGCACAUCUUCACAGAAAAUUUGGACGCUGCCAAAAUGGUCAAAAUAUAUCAGAGAGCUUUAUUACCAUCUGCCCAAAGGUGUUUUACGAAGGAAAAUGAAAAUUGGCUACUGCAAGAGGACAAUGAUCCAAAACAUCGGAGUAGACUUUGUACUGCGUGGAAACAAGAAAAUAACGUUGAACGUAUUGGAUUGGCCUUUACAGUCGCCAGAUGUAAAUCCCAUAGAAAAUGUGUGAGCACUCAUGAAGUUUAAGCUUCGAGAAAAGAAGAUAUGGACCGUCAAACAGUUAGUUCAAUAGAUUCGAUUUAUAUAGAGGUCUUUGUCUAACGAUUAUACUAUAAAAUUAGUAGAAAGUAUGCCUCGGAGAUGCCAGGUGAUUAUUGAUAACGGAGGUGACUGGGCAACUUAUUAAUAAUAAAGCAUCACAGUCUAUAUCAUACAUAAUGUGUGUAUUUUUUUUUUUUCAAUUUAUUAUCCCAAGUCGUUUUCGAGUUUCGCCGUAAACGCUCUUGUCAAACAGACUGUAACUCGUAGUAGAACACACGCAAGGAUUGUAAAACCGUAUCGGGAUAUAAUAUUGAUAUUCUUACUGUAACGUGCAAUUCAGCGCGUUUCGAUAAUUUAUUGCAUGUACAUGAUAGAUAUCUUUUUAACGAUUCCAUGACUGAUUCAUAAGGAUGUCGAAGAAUUCACUAUCAAUGUCACUUCAUUAAUAAUGACUUCUGUGAU